AUGCUCUCCACUACCCCGGCGCGACAGCGCUCAACGCUGUCUCGGUCUCGCCCGCCACCCAGCGCACGCAGUCAAGCCACUCCACGGGCAGCAGAAGUCCCCGAACUACCAGAAUAUCAGCCUCCGGAGGCCCCUCUUACCGCCGAAAGCCACCGACAGCUGGCAACGCUCCUGAACUCGCACUAUUCCAGACACCUUAAAACCCACCUCCAGCACGCGGCCGAGAAACUCACCGAUUCCGCCGGUGACGUAAAUGAGAAACUGAGUGACGCACGGGUACGAUACGAGCGUGCAAAGGAGAAACGACGUGGCGCCAGUGCCAGCGAAGACGUGGACGUCGAGGAAGAUGACGAAAAUGAGGAGUAUCAGCGAUUAGCUGAGACGGAGAGAAAGGUCGAUGGUGUGACGGGGCGGAUGGAAGAGAAGAUGCGCAUGGUUAUCGAUUCAGAAUCCCGAUUUCAGGGAUUGCAGGAUGCCAUGACAACCCUGGAUCGAGAAGUGGGCGAAGCGCAACAGGCUGCAUUCGGGACUCGACGGACGCGUGGCCAGCGCCAUCAGAGGCACGAGAGUGAUGACGACGAUGGCGAGGAUGGUGAGCAGGAUGCAGAUUACGAGGGCACACCGGAGCGAAACGCUAGAGAAACGAAUGCGCAGAAUCCGCCCAGUCACCGGUUGGGUAAUGCGCUGGAGGAAGGAUCAGAAAAGUGGAAUAGCCAAUCCCUAACGGAGAGGUACGCGGGCAACAACAACUACAUCGGCUUCUACCGCAUCGUACACGACUCCAAGUUUCCCGACGACGAAGUGCCCCCCCUCCCACACGCUUCUACAUGGUUUGCACAUUUGGAAGAUCCCAAUGCGAACGGAAGCACGGCGGGCAGUCCGUCAACCCGCCGCACACGCAACAAGCGCGACCCCUCGCCUGCAGACUCGGACGACAUCGCGAUUCAGAGGGAGCGCAUUUCAUUGAAGUGUCCACUCACUCUCCUCCCAUUCCGAGACCCCGUUACGAGCACGAAAUGCCCACACAGCUUCGAGCGCGAAGCGAUUUACGACAUGAUCUCGCGCAGCGGCUUCCAGUUCCCACCUCCGUCUGUGCGAGGCGGCCGCCGAAUCCGGGCAGUCAAGUGUCCCGUGUGUUCCAUUCCACUUACCAAGGACGACCUCCGAUCGGAUCCGGUUCUGCUACGCAAGGUUCGGCGCGCAGAGGAAUUAUCGGCGCGGCAGGCGGAGGAUGAUUUGGAGGGGUCGCAGCAGCGCCGCGACAUGCAGGGCCCAUUGACACUGGCCAGCGAUGCAGUUGAUGCAGAUGACGACAUGGUGGAUGUGGAUGAGAUACGAGUGAAGCCCGAGCCUAUUCCUACCCAGGACAGGAUGAUAGAUAGCGAGAGUGAGAGCGAGUCAUCAUCGGAAGAAGAGUAG